AUGGGUCUACGCUUAGUAUCGGUACGCACAAAUCCAACUACAUCAAUUGCCAGUACCAAUUCUAUUUCACUAAAUACUACUUGUUUUCAGUCGUCAUCUGCAGGUAGUUUUGGAACACGUGUGUGUACAGCUGAUAGUUCACUGAUCAUGGUUGCGUCACCGUCUCAUACUGUGUCUUCUGGUGGACACUUACGCACAUCAAAUUCACAUUGUUCACAGGCUUCAGAUAUCCAGCAAACCCAAGCAGCUGCAGUAUAUGUCUUAACCACCUCAGUCUGUCCAAUUCUAAGCACAACGACUGUUACUCCAUCUAAUUCUAGCACUGCACUUCGAGCAGCUAACCAAACUAGCAUACUGACUUACGGUGAAUAA